AGCUAGGUGGGGAGGAGAGACUGGGCUAGGAAAGUGGACGAGAGGGACUAGGGGAGAGGGAGAGAAGGGGACAAGGGAAGGGAAGAGAGAGAGUUUAGGAGAGAGAGAGGGGAUUUGGGGAAGAGACGGGGGCUAGGAAAGCGGAAGAGAGAGGCUAGGGAAAGGGGAAGAAGGGGACAGGGGAGAGGAAAAUAGGGGGAUUAGGGGGAGAAAACGGGCAUUUGGGAAGGGGAGUGAGGGGCUAGGGGAGGAGGAGAGAAAGAGUUUGGAGAGGAGAAGAGAUGGGGACAGAGGGGAUUUGGGGCUGGGAGCAGAUUAGUUUUGAGGAGGUGAGGGACCGUGAAGGGUGAGAAGAUGACGGCGGGGAGAACCAAGCAAAGAGAGGAAGGUGUUAGGCAGAGAAAAAGGUGUCAUGGAAGGUCAAGAAAGACUUGGACUGCUAUCUCCUUACUUCCCUGGAAACCUGGGAAAGGCGUGAUGCAAGAGGCGGGGACAGGGCUGGACGCUGACUCCUCCUGGGAGGGUUGUUUGCCCCUGGCCCAUCUGCCAACUCCGCAUCUCAGGGCUCUUGGGCUGGGGGUGGGAGGUCGUGGGGCGGCUCUGACCGCCCAGAUCUUUAACUUGGCGUCGCGUUCGUCUCCUUCCAGUCAUGUCUGAGCCACAGAGAUGGGCAAGAUCGAGAGCAACGAGAGGGUGAUCCUCAAUGUCGGGGGCACCCGGCACGAAACCUACCGCAGCACCCUCAAGACGCUGCCCGGGACGCGCCUGGCCUUGCUUGCUGCUUCCGAGCCCCAGGGUGACUGCCUGAGGGCAGCGGGCGACAAGCCACAGCCGUCGCCCCCUCCGCUCUCGCCGCAGCCGCGGGCGCCCCCGCUGCCCCUGGGACCCGGAGGCUGCUUCGAGGGCGGCGCCGGCAACUGCAGCCCCCGCGGUAGCGGCGGUGACCACCCGGUCGGCGGCCGCGAGUUCUUCUUCGACCGGCACCCGGGCGUCUUCGCCUAUGUGCUCAACUACUACCGCACCGGCAAGCUGCACUGCCCAGCCGACGUGUGCGGGCCGCUCUUCGAGGAGGAGCUGGCCUUCUGGGGCAUCGACGAGACCGACGUGGAGCCCUGCUGCUGGAUGACCUACCGGCAGCACCGCGACGCCGAGGAGGCGCUCGACAUCUUCGAGACCCCCGACCUCAUCGGCGGCGAUCCUGGCGACGACGAGGACCUGGCGGCCAAGAGGCUGGGCAUAGAGGACGCAGCGGGGCUGGGGGGUCCCGACGGCACGGCCGGCCGCUGGAGGAGGCUGCAGCCCCGCAUGUGGGCCCUCUUUGAGGACCCCUACUCGUCCAGAGCCGCCAGGUUUAUUGCUUUUGCUUCUUUAUUCUUCAUCCUGGUUUCAAUCACAACCUUUUGCCUGGAGACACAUGAAGCUUUCAAUAUUGUUAGAAACAAGACAGAACCAGUCAUCAAUGGCACAAGUGUUGUUCUACAGUAUGAAAUCGAAACGGAUCCUGCCUUGACGUAUGUAGAAGGAGUAUGUGUCGUGUGGUUUACUUUUGAAUUUUUAGUCCGUAUUGUUUUCUCUCCCAAUAAACUUGAAUUCAUCAAAAAUCUCUUGAAUAUCAUUGACUUUGUGGCCAUCCUACCCUUCUACUUAGAGGUGGGACUCAGUGGGCUCUCCUCCAAAGCUGCUAAAGAUGUGCUUGGCUUCCUCAGGGUGGUAAGGUUUGUGAGGAUACUGAGAAUCUUCAAACUCACCCGCCAUUUUGUAGGCCUAAGGGUGCUUGGACAUACUCUUCGAGCUAGUACUAAUGAAUUUUUGCUGCUGAUAAUCUUCCUGGCUCUAGGAGUUUUGAUAUUUGCUACUAUGAUCUACUAUGCUGAGAGAGUAGGAGCUCAACCUAACGAUCCUUCAGCUAGUGAGCACACACAGUUCAAAAACAUUCCCAUUGGGUUCUGGUGGGCUGUAGUGACCAUGACUACCCUGGGCUAUGGGGAUAUGUACCCCCAAACGUGGUCAGGGAUGGUGGUGGGAGCCCUGUGUGCUCUGGCCGGAGUACUGACAAUAGCUAUGCCGGUGCCUGUGAUUGUGAACAAUUUUGGAAUGUACUACUCCUUGGCAAUGGCGAAGCAGAAACUUCCAAGAAAAAGAAAGAAGCACAUUCCUGCUGCCCCUCAGGCAAGCUCACCUACCUUUUGCAAGACAGAAUUAAAUAUGGCCUGCAAUAGCACACAGAGUGACAUGUGUCUAGGCAAAGACAAUCUACUUCUGGAACAUAACAGAUCAGUGUUAUCAGGUGACGACAGUACAGGAAGUGAGCCGCCAUUAUCACCCCCAGAACGGCUCCCCAUCAGACGAUCUAGUACCAGAGACAAAAACAGAAGAGGGGAAACAUGUUUCCUACUGACGACAGGUGAUUACACGUGUGCUUCUGAUGGAGGGAUCAGGAAAGGAUAUGAAAAAUCCCGAAGCUUAAACAACAUAGCGGGCUUGGCAGGCAAUGCUCUGAGGCUGUCUCCUGUAACAUCACCUUACAACUCUCCUUGUCCUCUGAGGCGCUCUCGAUCUCCCAUCCCAUCUAUCUUGUAAACCAAACUGCAUUAGUCAACUAAAUUGUAUUUAUUCAAGUACUGUUUACCCCAUAAUGAAAUUAAGUAAAAGUAGGAUUACUUCAGGCUCCAAUAAUACAGUAUAAAUCCUGCAUGAUACUACUAUUUGAAGUCAGAAAUGCCACUGGGGUAGUUAACGAAUCAUAUCCUGGCUUU